AUGCGGAGCAUCCCAUCCCUCAACGAUUUACACGGCGGUAAAUCGAACGAUGAGCUUAAUCAUGGCCCGGUCGUCAGGCUGCGAAAUGUAUCGGGCGUCGGCCGAGGAGGCGACCAUUCGUCAUGCUACGUGCUGUGUGACGAGGUGUAUCAGUGCCUUUUGCCAGAGAUGCAGAACGAGUGGGCAGUGGACUACGGGACCGAUGAGGAAGAGGGCUCUCGCUCACCAGUAUCUUACUCGGAGAUGUGCCGUCAGUUGUCCAUGUCGAUGGACAACCGAGCCGAAUUCCAUCGUCACUUGCAAAUUAUAAUAAAUACAAAUUCGACGGCUCGAUUGAAGCGUUCCUCGGAGAAGACAUCAAGUGCUCGUCUGGACAGCUCAUCCAAAAGGAUGUUUCUAGUAAGCCGAACGAAUGAGCGCUUCAAGUGGUCCGAUUUGCUUUGGCUACAGCUUCAGGCUACUGUUGCCGGAAGGCAAAUGAAGCCAGUAAGUGUCCAGAUUCGAUCCACCCGUGAGCAUGAUAUCUACUUGUUGGCCGAAAGAGAAAAGCAAAAAAUUAUUUUGGAUGAAAUCCGUAAUUUCCACGUUGAUGCGGACACAGGCUGCGCAUCUGCAUCUUCGUCCUGCCACUCUUCAGAACAGGAUUUAUUGAAAGCAAAUCUGAAAGUAGUUCGGUGUUUGCUCGACCGGUAUGAAGAUUUUGUGGCGCUUUAUCCGAACACAUAUUGCAUGGAUCGAGCAAAUAAACUGAGCGAAGUGGUUAAAGUUUGCGUUCAGAUCCUUUACGCCUGGUACAAUAUCAUAAUGGAUCUUUACACCAGAAUACGAGAGGUACUCUUUUUUGUUGAUUUUCGCUUUACAUGA